CACCCCUGCUGAGAAAGAGAGAGAGAAACGGACAAAGUACCGAAACCAGAGGGAAGCGGAGAGUUUGAGCGGGUCCUUCAGGGAUUCAUUUAAGCCUUUAUUUCAGCCUCGAUCAAACCCAGAGAGCCGCAGCGGAGCCAGCUGAGAAAGGGUUGUUCUGCGGUCAGACUGCUGAAAUGACAAAGCUGUAACGGUGGACAUCCAAGAGUCUCUCUGCUGGCCCAAUUCGACUGUCAUGGCUGCUGCUAAAAAGAGGUGUGCUAAGGUGGGAGGCAUCCACUUCCCGGAGGAACUGCCCUCUGUUGGUGGCGCUUCCCACGUUCAUUUUGACGAGAAGCUUCAUGACUCUGUUGUCAUGGUAAACAUGGAGGAUGACGGCAACUUCAUGGUCAAGGUUGGCUUCCUGAAGACGCAGCAUCGUUAUGAGAUAGUGUUCACCCUGCCGGAGGUCCCUGCUCUGGGUAAAGAUGUGGUUCCAGCUCCAUUGCCCAACCCACACCUUAAAAUCACCAACAUCUCAGCAGCGCCUGAGGGUGGCCUGAAGGUAACGUGUGAGUACUUGGCCUUGAAGGAGGGCGUCCUGUGUGAAGAGGUGCUGCUGCUGAGCGAAACCAACGACGAUGUCUGCGUCAGGGUCAAAGUUCACGCCAGAGUCAUGGAUCGUCACCACGGUACACCCAUGCUGCUGGAGGGGGUCCGCUGCAUCGGCACGGAGCUGGAGUACGACUCGGAGCAGAGUGACUGGCAGGGAUUCGACUGAACCUCAAGGCUCCUCCUCCAAGUCACAUUUGCAGAAAACAUCACAUUCACAGUCGCACAUCAUCUGCCAUGUCAGAGGUUUACACCCAGCUAAAUCCACAGGACCCUCAUCUUCUCACACAGGAAACGAAUAAAAAAGCUUCCUUUCUGGUUUGUGUCUGAUUAGUGAGCAGGAGACGGCGGUCGGCCUCUGGGGCGUCAGUGUUUAAGGUCAGACCUUAAAAUGGGAAACAUUCCUCCGCUGCCAUGUCUCAGCAGCAGCAUCAAAGCCUUCUUCCCACCUGUUCAUCUUGUAAACUGUGUUUUCCUUAAUAAACCUCUAGGGGGCAGCAUUACCCUAUAAAUCAGCCUUUGAUCCAGUUCAGCACUGCUUCUCCAUUUCUUACUACUCUUGGGUUUAUAGUUUUGGGUGGAUUUAAGGGCUCAUGCAUUAACUAUAAAAUGUUUGCUUCUUAAGAAGGAAAUAAUAAUGAGGAAAAUCAGUCAAAGAUCAUCUAAUAUCUGUUUAUCUAAGUAAGGGGACUGUAUAGCACUGUCUGAGGUGGUUCCUGUAUCUGAAGGUUUUCAUUUGAAAUGAUUCUUUACAUUCUGUAACUGACCUUUUCGCUCUGCUCUCUGACUUUAACCUGCUCUCGUCAUUACUACUUCUUGUUGCUCUCCAAUAGCUGCUGCUUAGGAGACCCUUAAAAAAUGGGUCAGGGUAUUUUAGUAAGGUCGGGUGAGGAAUGCAUGUGCAGCGUCUGUGUUAAAGGAAGGAAGAAAUGAUGCCUCAUAACAAGCUCUCUGGGUUAAUAGCACAAAUCUGCAGCCAGCUUUCAGUUUUUUUUCUCCAUUUCUUACUGUAAUAGUUUAAUUAUUAAGAGGUCUUGGUUGUAAUAGUUGAGAUUUUUUCAUCUUACCAAUGUUCUCAGCUGCAUUCAUUUAAAGGUGAACUUAUAAGUCAACAAUGCACUGCAAAAACAAUAUUUUUUAUGUUGAUUUAGGUCUGCAGAUAUCAUUUUCUUAUGCCAAAUUCUCUAAAAAUGAAAAAUUAAUGUUUCUAUUUUUUUUGUUUAACUUGUUGACUUUGUUUUUUUUUAUUAUUAUUAUACUGCCUUUGUUCAAGCCAUCCAUCAGUUAACUAACUUAUGACUCCACAAUGUGAAUAAUUCUAUUUUCUAUAAUGAAACCUACUCUAAACGUUUAAGCUACAUAUGUAAUUUUUACUCCAUCUUGAGUGUGUUCAGGCUUGUUUUUUGAUUAUACUGUUAUAUUUAUUUCCAGGUCGGAAAUAAAGAAAUAUGUAAAAAGAAAAACAGAAGUAAAAGGCAGCUGAGGAAUCUGCAGAAAUGCACUGAAA